GGACGCUGUAAACAGCGAGCGGGCACGGGCGGGUGAUCAUGUGGAUGUCGUUGAGACGUCGUUACGGUAUCCACACACCUCGCAUGCAAUAAAGGGCAAGUUACACAGAAUCUCGUCGACGCUAUUGAGUCAUGGAGCAGGCCAGAGAGGAGGAACAGAGCGAAGAAACUCAGUACCAAACCUUGGCUGAGGAGGAUCCAAUUAUGCUGGGAGCUGGAGUGUUUCCUACAGCUUUAUCUGAAGAACAACUGGCAGCAGCCACAGAGAAGGCACGGCAAAAUCUCUUUGGAUCUAGUAGGAUCUUUCACCUAGAUGCCAUAGAGAAGAAAAAUUAUGUCAUGUCGGAUAUUAUAAAUAAUCGGGCUGAAGAACACUAUGAGAAAGGAAAGAUCCUCUUUAACAAGGGACUAAUGGAGGAAGCGAUAAUUUCAUUCAACAAAGCCCUUAAUUUGGAUCCUCAGAGGAAAGAGUUUUAUUUGAGGAAGGCUGAGGUGUAUCUCUUCAUUGGGGAUUUCCAGUCUUCUGUCCUGAACUACAGGAUGGCGAGCAACUUGGAUCCAGCAGAUGAAAGUCUUGUGUCAACGAUAAGCCACACUUUGUAUAUACAAGGUCAAUACCUGUUUGAAGUCAAAAUGUACGGCGAGGCCUUGGAAAUUUUUGCACUGGCUUCAGAACUGAGACCUGCAAAUCAACAUUACCACAUGCGAAGUAUUGCUACCCUGCUUGCAUUGGGCAGGCUUGAAGAUUGCCUCCAUUAUGUCACCAAGCAACUUGAGGUUGUGCCUUCCAAUCCAGAUCUCUACAUCCUUCGGGCGAGACUGCAAGAUCACUUUUCCAAUGUAGUUAGUUGUUACCGGGACGUCAGUCAUGCUUUGUCUCUGGAUCCUUCGCACCCAGAGGCAGUUUCGUUAAUGAGCACACUGAUGCAGAGAGCAGAAGAGGCAAAGGCUCGGGCAGUGAACAAGGCGCUGGAAGGCAAUAUGAAAGGAGCAUUCCAUUGCAUUAACAAAGCAAUAGACAACAAUCCCAUUGAACUUGACUAUUACAUCUUCAGGGGGACCCUAUAUAGAAGGGUCAAGAAUUUUAAUGCAGCCAUUGAUGACUACCUCCACGUCUUGGAUAAGGUAAACAACAUGAAGGAAAGUGAGACCUACCUGGAGACCCAGAGGCAACUCCUUUUGACCUACAAUGACUUCGCUGUGCACUGCUACCACAAAGGAUUCUAUGAGGAGGCAAUCCUCCUCCUGAACCAGAGCAUUAAGGAAGAGAAGCAGGAAAAAGGGCUGUACAUCAACCGUGGGGAUUGCUUCCUCAGGCAAUGUAAUCUGGAUUUUGCAUUGCUGGACUAUGAGCAAGCUCAGGAAGUCGACCCUGAGGACUGGCGCAUACAAAUUCGGAUUGCGGCAGUAAAUAACGAGAAGGGCCUGCUCAGUCAUCAGAAUAGGAAUUACCAGGAAGCCGAGGAGCGAUUUACAACUGCCAUUGAAGGCAAUCCGUGCAUGUCCCAGUACUACCUCAACAGGGCAAAAACUCGCCAGAUACUGAGGCAUGUCACUGGUUCACAAGAAGAUGCGGUCACAUCAUUAUUGUUGGACAUAAGAAACAAACAGAUUAUUCCUCUUCUGACACACCUGUUCCCUGGAAAAUCCAUCGAUGAGAUUAUGGCCAGUAAGAUUAUGGAAUCUGCGAGAUUGAAGUUAAAUACGAGCCUCCAAACAGCGGCAGCUUUAAUCUCAAAGGUGCUUCAGCAGAGACGUCCUUUGCGAAAAGAACCAAAGGCUCGGAACAAUAAAACUCUUGAAGCUGACAAAGAGGGUCAGAAAUCAGCCUAUGGCUUUGUGCCCUGCAUAAAUGAAAAAGAUCUUUAUGACGAAAUUAUAGCCCGAAGGAAUAUGCUAACUCGAGAAAUCAAGAAGUCCCUCCACGAGAGGAAACCCCUACAGGUCAACAGACCAAGGCUUCAAAUGGCACAAAAGCCAACGGAAAGUGCCUCUCAGACUUCAGAAGAUGCAUCACAGGGAAAACCAUACAAGUGGAGGAAGUUCGGCUCCCUUUUCGCAGGAGGGUCUUGAGCACUUUCUCCUGGUUCCAGUCAAUUCUGUUUUGUUUAGUAGAAUGGUAAUGUAAAAUUUUCCCAAUACAAGCCGUUAGUGUGCCCACACACUGUAUGCAGACACACACAACUGACUAAACAAUACAAAGUGGUAAAACUAGUAAGAAAAUUCCAACUCAUUUACAUAAUGUAUUCUGCCUCUCGCACCAGCUGGUCUGCAGUGCAAGCUUGCAAUUAAUUCAAUGGUUGCUGAAUUUCAAAACUGUAAUCUCAGAAACAUUCUCCAACCUACCACAUAAGUCCAGUACCCCAUGUGAAAUGGUACAGGAUAUUAAAUAAUAAAUCUUCUCUCUGUAAUUAUGGGGGUAUACGUUUUGAAUGAUACAUUUUAUAUUGAGUGUGUUUGUAUUGCUGAAAUAGUCAACUCACAAUAUCUGUUAUCUUUUAGAGGUAAAGGCUGCCCGUGCUAUUCCCCACUGAAGUGGAGGUACUUCUACCGUAAAGAUUAACUUUAUUUGUCACAUGUACUGUACAUUGGGACAUACAGGGAAAUAUGUCACUUGCAUUGGGGAUGUCCUGGGGAAGUUUCACCAUGUUUCCAGCACCAACAUAGCAUGCUCAAAACCCACUAACUCUAACCGUAUGUCUUUGGACCGUGGGAGGAAACCGGAACAUCCGGAGGAAAUCCACAGCGUCAUGGGGAGAACGUACAAACUCCUUACAGAGGCAGAAAUUGAAUCCCCAUCUUCCAACUGGCGCGCUGUGAAACGUUGUGCCAACUGCCAUACUACAGUGCCACCAACUGUCAAUAAAACUUGGUCUCUUUACACUUACAGCUUGACUUCAUGCACAUAAAUAAGUUGCAGGGAUUUUCCUUUUGAGAAGAAUGGUCCAAACAUAGGCUGGUUAGCUGCAAAAGAGGAAAUAGGAAGCAGAUCUUCUCUCAAAAUCACAAAGAUCCACAAGUCUUUAUUAUGGAUGAUUGUAAAAUGCAAAGUUCAAAGCUCCAUAGAUGUUGGUGUAUUCCUAUUCAAAGAUCAGGAUUCAAGUUUCAAGUUUAUUUUUCCUGUGUACAUCGAAACAUGCAGUGAAAUACGUCAUUUGUGUUCACAAUUAGCACACCCAAGGGUGUGUGUUGGGGGGGGGGGGCAACCUGCAAAUGUUGCCACACAUUCUGGCACCAACAUAACACCAGAACAACCCUGAACACAGCAAGCAGCAAAGCAACAACACUAAACAAGCCCCAAUCCCCUUCUCACAUGCACAGUGCUCCAACCCCAAGACAGACUAUCUUCUGCCCAAAACAAAUCUCCCCUUACAAUUUCACAUGUCUCUAUUACAGUACUUACUUACACAAGCAUUUCACUGCCCUGUCCAGUCUAUCCCAACUAUUCAAUGCCGUACAAUUCUGCUGAUAGAACAUCACUGUGCAUGGGUCAAUCCCAUUCACUUCAACAAUCCUUAACUCUGAGUGGAGUCAUCGGGACACCGUCAUGACAGUGUUUUUUUAGCAGGCUUUCUUAUUUUUUACAAGGCCAAGUUGCUAGUUCGGCGCUCAACCCAGCACGGGUGGAAAGUAUGUAAGGGAGCCGGCUGGAUUCAAAUUCAGGAGCCUUCACUCCAAAGCCCAGCACUGAGGCCACUACACCACCAGCCAGCUUUGAGAGAAGAACUGCUUCCUAUUUUUUGUACUCUGUUUGCUCUGCUUUGGGACUUCCUGUUUGUUUUGCAAUGUUUUGAAACUUCCUGAGAAAGAUGCACAAAAUCCUUUGUGUUCAAAGCAGUCCUCUCUUUUCUUCCUUCCAAGUUAUAGGAACCGUGGAGCAUAGUAUUAACGUUCAGCAACACACUGUAAUAUCAGGUCAACAUUUUCAGCUACUCACAUGAAACAAAAAACUGCAACUGCCAGGAGUCUGAAACAAAAGCAAAGAAUGCCAGAACUAUUGGCAGGCCAAGCAGCAUCUAUGGAGAGAGAAUCACUUAACGUUUCAUAUCCACAAGCCUUUCAAAGAACUAGAAAAGACUGCAAGAAUAUUUUCGAGACAUCUUGGUCAGUAUACAAACUCUCGCACAGGUUUCUUAAAAAAAUAAAAAAACAAACUGCCACACGAGUAAAGUAGUAUUGCAUGCUGACAGUUUAGAAUUUAUAAAUGUUGGAUAUGGCCCAGUCCAUCAUGGGUAAAGUUCUCCCCAUCACUGAGCACAUGAAGUGUUGUCACAGACCCCGAUUACACACAGAUCUCUGCUUGCUGCUGCCAUCAGGAAGGUGAUACAGGAGCCUCAGGGCUCUCACCAUCAUGUUCAGGAACAGUUAUUAUCCCUCAUCCAUCAAGCUCUUGAACCAGAGGCGACAACUACACUCACCCCAUCACUGAAAUAUUCCCACAAAAUAUGAACUCACUUUCAAGGACUCUUCAGUUCAUGUUCUUGAAUUUAUUGUUUAUCUAUUUAUUGUUAUUUCCUUUUUUGUCUUUUGUAUUUGUGCAGUUUGUUGUCUUUUACACUCUGGAUGUCUGCCCUAUUGGGUGCAAUCUUUCAUUGAUUCUAGUAUACUUAUUGGAUUUAUUGAAUACAUCCACAAGAAAAUGAAUCUCGGUGACAAAUAUGUACUUUGAUAAUAAAUUUACUUUGAGCUUUGAAAUAACUAUGUUAAUACAAGGUCAGAAGAUAAUCAACUACUGAUUUCUCCUUUUGGCAUAGAUCCAUUCAAUCAGAGGUGGAGAGGGUGUGGACAAUGAAGGCAUUAUCUUGGGGUGGAGUCCAACAUUGUCCAGUAAGCAGUCAGUGCCAGCAAUUAUUGAGAGUAAAGAAUAUUGGAAAUGUGAGAUGCAGUAAUUUUUUUUUCCCUUUCCAGAUAUCAGUUGUUUCAGAUUUCCAGCAAAUACAUUCUAGAUCUCUGGUUCUCAUCUUGUUCCCUCUCUAACCUUGGGCACCAGAAAUAACAUUACCCACUCAAUCUUGGUUUUCGUUACCCUUCCUCUUCUGCUCUACAUCUAAAACAUGCUCGUUUUCUCUUUUUUCCCCAGUUCUCAUGAAGGGCUCUUGACACGGAACAUUGACUCUGUCUCUCUCUGCCUGACCUUCUGUGAUCACGUCUUCC